AUGAAAGGAAUUGAAGCAUGUCAAGAUCUGGAUGUGUUGGAGCUACGCACCGAAAUCUGUGCAAACGCUGACAAGAAGAAACGAAACUUGCAUUUUCGACAUGAUUCAAGUUGUGAAGAUGUAAAUAUUCCAACGCAAAUCCUGGUUCCAGGGACGAAAGCUAAAAUGCGAGAAGCAGACGCUCAUGUUCACUCUGCACACAGUCCAGGAACAAGUACGAGAGAAGAAGGAGAAGAAGAAAGCAGAAGCGAAGCGCUGUCCGCGAUCCGGGAGCUGCAAAGGCUAGAAAUUUGCGAUCGUUAA